UUACAAAAAAAAAAAAAAGGGGGGGGGGGUUGCGGGGAGGAAUCGUGAAGACGCCGACGAAGAAACCGAAGAGGGAUUCGUUGCCGACCAGACCUUUCGGGUGUGGACUGGAAAGUUGGUUCAGGCUUACUUGGAGGAGCACAAACCUGGUGCUCCACCACUUUCAUUAGUUUCCGAGGAAGGACAAAACAGGAAAUUCAGGAAGCGGUGGACCGGAAGUGCAUAGAAACCACAAUCAAUCAUCAUGUCCGGUUACACCCAGCAGGGGCCCUACCCGAUGACCCAUCAUGGUGGCCAAUCAGCGGCCCCCUAUCCUGCGUUUCAGGGCGGCUACGGGGACCCCAGUCAAGCCCCUGCUCCGGGGUUCAACGUGGACUACAACCAAGGCCCGCCUCCUGUCAUGUUUCAGCCGGGGCCGAUGGGGGCAGCCCCCCCUUACGGCGGGUCGCCGGGGCCGGCGCCGUCCAUGCCCGGCCCGGCUGCACUGAUUCCUGUUGGGAUCCCGCCAGGACUUGAAUACCUGACUCAGAUCGACCAGAUUCUGAUUCACCAGAAAGUGGAGCUUCUCGAAGCGUUCCUCGGCUUCGAGACCAACAACCAGUACGAGAUCAAGAACAGUCUGGGCCAGAAGAUCUACAAGGCCAAGGAGAAGAACGACUGCUGCACCAGGAACUGCUGCGGCUCGCUGCGCAGCUUCGACAUGAAGAUCAAGGACAACGCCGACCGCGAGGUCAUCCGCCUCAUCAGGCCCUUCCGCUGCGUGUCCUGCUGGUGUCCGUGCUGCCUCCAAGAGAUGGAGGUGCAGGCGCCGCCGGGCACCACGGUGGGCUUCGUCAAACAGGACUGGCACCCUUUCCUGCCCCGCUUCUCCAUCCAGGGGCCCAACAAAGAGACCCUGAUGAAGCUGGAGGGGCCCUGCUUCGCCUGCAACUGCUGCGGCGACGUCAACUUUGAGCUGACGGGCAAAGACGGCGACGCGCCCAUCGGCCGCAUCAGCAAGCAGUGGAGCGGCCUCCUGAAGGAAGUCUUCACCGACACGGACAACUUCGGCAUCCAGUUCCCCCUGGACAUGGAUGUGAAAAUGAAAGCCGUCCUCCUGGGCGCCUGCUUCCUCAUCGAUUUCAUGUUCUUCGAGAAGGUGGGCGAGGCCAACCAGCGCAGCUCGGUCUUCUCGUAAGACGGGGAAACGACGAGUCCAGGAGGGGAUUUUUCUUGUGGGAUUUCCCUUUUUUUUCCGUCCGUCGACCACUCGUCGCUCACCGCUCCAGUAGGAAGCGCUUCUUUGCAUGUCGGGUCAAAUAUUAACGCAUUAUUUAUGAUUGCGUUGACGUGUCAAACAAAGCAGGGUUUCCCAAAUGCGACGUGGGUCAGACAUGAAUUAAUAAAGGCUGCACGUUCACUGUGAGAGGAAGAAAGUCAUUUUUUUCCCCGUAAAUUUAACAAUUCCUUGUUUAAAAAAAAAAAAAAAAAAAAAAAUAUAUAUAUAUAUAAUAUAUAUAUAUAUAUAUAUAGUAAUUUUACUUUCUUGGAAAAAAUGUAAUUAAUUUUGGGAAACCCUGCUUUAAACGACAGGUUCCCAUCCGCGCAUUCAAAUUAGUGUCAUGUAGUGCGGGCCAGUAUUGGCAGGGUGAAGUGGAUCGGUCCAAAUAUGUACAGAAUUUGUCAAAACAAAAAAAAGUGCACUUGCCGUUGGGUUUUGUUUCCCACUUAACUGGUGCCAGUCACCCAGCGAACGGGAUUCCGAAUUUCUGCCUUCCACUCAAGUGCCUGAUUGUUUUGCCACGUGAGCGAUUGUUUAUGCUACCUCUGAUUCACUUUUCUACAUCCCAUUUCAACACAUAUUUUUAAUCUCUUACAAAACUAUCAUAUACAUUCAUAUUAAAGCUUUUUGAUGUUCGUGUCACAAGGGUUGUAUUUUUUUGAGGGGGGGGGGGAAUCACAGAAUCCAAAUUAUUGUAAUCUUGUCAGACUAAAAUGGGGAAAAAUUUGUAUUCUGACAGGAAUGAAUUGUAAACGGAUGUCGUCUACAUUAAAAUUGGGAGAAAUAUAGUGCAAAAAAAAGUUUUGUCAUUUAAGAAUCAAGUAGAGAAUGUAGUGGAUGUAGUCCCAGAUUUAUGACAUCGUAAUUAUACAAGAAUUUGUCAAAAGUGAAGACAAUGCAACUUUAUUAAACAGAAUAUACAAAGGAAAUAUAAGUAGUGAUCUAUAAAGUGUCAGAAACAUUUUUUUUUUUU